AUGGACAACGAUCACGGCGACCAAGGGGAUGUAUUUGCUAUUCCAGAUCUCUGGUGUCCCUCUAGGCUCAUAAGUUACGCACCAGAUGACAGUCUGUUAUUUUCGGAACUCAAACUCGUUGACAUUGACGAGAAUCUACCAGAAAUUGGAGAACAAUUACAUGAAGGAGAUGUCUUCUUCAGCAUCCCGGAUCUGCCUCUGGGGCCUGCCAUCGCAGUGGCUGUGAGCCCCAUGGCAACGUCCUCGAAAGAGGCUCCUUUAGACUGGGCAGAAAAAGACGAAGAUGAUAUAUGGGUUAUUCCAGACGAGAUACCAGUCAAAACCGCGAACUAUCAGGACUGGGAAGGGUUUGAGAAGCAGAAAGCUGAUGGGCACCAAACGCCUUACCUAACAGAAGCUGGACCUUCGAUACUGGAUACUGUUAUUGCUGCAAAAGAAGAUUUCCUACGGAUCAAGAAUACAGACCAUGUUGUGGUAGACUCGAGAAUAUACGCUUCCUCUCUCCUGGCUCUUGGUCUGGGGAGAAGCUCUGUCUUCUACACUUGGGAUGAUGGAAAGCAGUCCUUUAUACCAACUCUGAACCUCAUGCGGAUAUCUGGCUAUACGGGCGAUUCCUUGGAUGGCUUUCUCUUGAUAUUUAUAGAUUGUGGGAAUAUUACGAGGUACCUUCGGAAUUUUGUUGAGAAGUCUUAUUCUCGAAAUAAUUCGCCCGGGCGGAUUGCCCUGGCGGACGCUGUUUCCACUCUUUUGACAACGAUCCAGUCACGCAUAAGUGCUUCUGCCGCUGAGCACAAAAGUAUACUGCAGUUAAAAGCUCUUUUUCAGCCGGUUCACUCCAUUUUGACAUGUUUUCGACGCAUUGUCGUAAACACCUCGGUCCAUAGAAGCGAUGAGUCGAUGCUGUCGACAGUCUUCGAAGAAAUACAGCUUCUUGAACAUAGGACAGACUCCUUAAGGGAGAUUCUCUUGGAAAUCUUGUCUCGGGUGUCUCAGCCCUGGCUCGAAUUUGCUGGCGAAUGGCUGGGGCUGCAGAGAGAAGCAGGUUUACCUAUGACCAAGGACGGGCCGGGAAAGAGUUUUGUAAAAAUCGACGACAAGGAAUGGGUCGAUGACCAAGGUCUUGAGAUCCGAGAGCAGGAUUAUGUUUUGGACUAUGACAAAGUCCCUGUCUUUAUGGCUCCUGAUGAUGCUCGCGCUAUGUUUGAAAUCGGGAAGAGCCUCCGUUUUCUGAGAUCUCACCAUGCCGACCACCCUCUGGCAAGACCAGAUGUUGUUGACUCCGCGAACCCUCCUCUGCUGAAAUGGAAGUUCGCUUGGAAAGAUAUCGUCCAAGUCGAAAGUAAAGCGUUACAAUAUGAACGAGACCUCAUUGACGCCCUCAAACGGUUUUCUGCAGACGCUCCUCCGCAGAUAUCUCUCGCUAUUGAGUCCGACUUCAGACAUGACUUCUUUGGUAGACCAGAAGAGGAUAUGCAGGCUCAUAUGCUGGCUUCAAUAGAUGCUUUCGACCGUCCUAUCAGUGGCGAAAUCCAAGCUGAUAGUCUGUCCUCAGGACUAAAUACAUAUCUUGCUUCUAAAGGAGAUAUGCCGGAAGCCUCUGAAUCUGUUUUUGCUCCACCAAUAUCACUUGCUCCAGUCCUGUCAUUCAAUCCCAUCAUUGCAGCCCAAGCACGGAUUAUCAACGGGACUUGUAUGCGAAUGUUCUUCAACUCCCACAAACUUCGAGAGCAUUUAUCCAUUCAGCGGGAUUUUCAUCUACUUGGAAAUGGUGUCUUCUUAAGUAGGCUAUCUCAUGCCCUCUUCGACCCUGAAUUGGAAAGUGCUGAGAGGCACCGAGGAGUUGCACGUUCAGGGGGUGUCAUGGGCCUUCGGCUUGGUGGUAGAGACUCGUGGCCUCCUGCAAGCUCCGAACUUCGCUUAGCCCUGAUGGGAGUGCUCACCGACAGCUAUGUUUCUAGCCAGCCGCUCAACAAAUCCCGUGCUGGGACAUAUCUCGGUCAGAGCAUCAUUCCAGGCGACUUGAGCUUCGCAGUCCGUGAUAUGUCACCCGAGGACAUUGAGAAAUGCAUGAACGCGGAUUCAGUCGAGGCUUUGGACUUCCUUCGCUUGUCCUACAAACCACCGCAACCGCUCGGGGCCAUAAUGACACCCAUAAUUCUCUUUAAAUACGACCAGCUUUUCAAGGUCCUCCUCCGCAUCAUCCGAAUGCUCUUUGUAGUAUCCACACUUUACCGUGACACCACCACUCGUACCACGGACUGGCAAGGAACCGAGAAUCUCGCCCAGAGAUUCCGAAUUGAAGCCCAUCACUUCAUCACCAGCGUAAGCAGCUAUUUCUUCGACACCGGCAUCAACGCAACAUGGCGAAUCUUCGAACGCAAGCUUGACGAAAUCGAAGAGCGCAUCAAAGGUGACGGUGACUACAUCACGCUUGGGCAAAACGAGGGCUUAGAUAAGCUGAGAGACUAUCAUGAAAAAGUGCUCGAUAGGAUCAUGUUUGCGCUUCUGCUGCGAAAACGUCAGCAGCCAGUGAUGAAACUGUUGGAAGAAAUAUUUACGCUUAUUUUGCAGUUCUCAAAGCAUUCUCGUGAGCGUGCUUUGGGUGUAGGGAAAGAGGGAGCGAACCACGAGUUGGAGGAGAUGUAUGCGCGGUUUAGGAAGAAAGUGGUGGUGUUCAUCAACGUCUGUAGGGGCUUGAGUGAGAAGAAGGGGUAUGGAGAGAGAAAGAUGGGUGAUAUGAGAGGGGCGGAAGGGGAGGGGUUGUUUGAUGGAGGGGAGCUGGCCGAGGAGAACACGAUUGUGCGGCUCUUGUUGAAGCUGGAGAUGUCAAAUUAUCAUGGGAAGGCUGUGGGUGUGUAG